AUGCACCGGGCUGCCGAAUACGAUAAUACAAUGUUUACAGAUUCUUCACCAGCGGAAACAAGUAAUAACGAAUCCGAGAAUCGUGGAGCAACUAGUACAGUCAGAAGUAUUCAAGAUUUACUUAAUCCUGUUAGUCGGUCUCCUGGAAAACGAGAGGAAGGUGAAAUAGACACAACUGGUGGAACGCCUUCCGAAGACCAGCUUUCACCUUUCAAAUUUGAAGAACAAUUUGGAGAAGUAGUUGAUGAAGAACGAAAUAACAUACAGAGACUUAAUAUGCGUCAUCCACAGAAUUCAACAGCAGUCAGAGAUUAUUUUAAUAAAACUAUCGUGCCUAGCCUGCUUUCUGGAAUGAAGAAAAUGGUCAAAGAACGGCCACAAAAUCCUUGCGAAUUUUUAGGUCGUUAUUUAAUUGAACAUUGCGAUCACGAUCAUAACAAAGAUGAUUAUAGUAGUUCAGAUGUAAAACCGAAACAAGAAGAUAAUGACAAUGUUGAACCACGAGUUCGUCAGAAACAAAGGAGAGAUAGUAAUUCAAGUUUAGAAAUAGGGACAGAAAUGGAUGUUGACACGGCCUAA